GAAAUGUCCACAGCAAGCUGCAGAAGAAAUACAGUAAGACUGAGCCGCAACAGAGGGCCACACCAUCAAGCAAGGAAUUGAAAGAGCUUCGCCAGAAGCCAGCGGAGAAAGCCAAGAAGCACAAGAAGGAACUAGCUGAAAUGGCUGCCGCACAACGGAAGGUAGAGACUCUGGGUUACUUAGACAGCGGAGAGGAGCCAACCGACCCAGACCAGGCAGGCUAUGAAGAGGCUACCGACCUGUUGGAGGACGCGGAUGACUUAGCUUUUGAAGGGGUGACUAAUGCUAAGUCAUCAGGACGCAAAGUCAGCAAGGUUUCCUCGCGUUUUCUUGGAGCACUUAUGUCAAUGAGACGGCGUGCCCCACCGCCGGAACCGGAAGUCAAAGUGGCAAUCUGCAGUAAAUGUGCAAGGCUUGUCAGUAGCAAUGAUGCCAGCACUGCAGGUGGUGAUGCCUUGGGCAAGUACGGUGCCUAUGAGAGUAUCAGUGAUGUCACGUCGGGAGAGUAUGGUGGAGCAUUCAGUGCACCUGUCACUAGUGAUGAUGACUUUGAGAGUGCAUCUGAAGUUGUUGGACCGCGACGUCCUGUUUGGGUGGAGCCUAACAGUGGAGCUUCAACUACUCGACCUGGUAGCUCAGGACUCAAAAGCUCUAUGGUUCAUGACAGUAGCAGGGAGUUAUUUGGCAGUUCUAGUCAGGAAGCAGGCGACGGCAGUGGCACCUACAGAGCUGGAUCAUCCCUGGUUGGACAGGCGUGGGAGGCCAAGACUUUUCGCUCACAGACUGAUGUAUCGUCUCGUCAGGUGCGUCAUUCAGAUGCUCUCUUGGAUAAAGGCAGAUCAUGGCAGCAGCUGUCAUCAGAUGACGACUAGAGAAGGAAACUCAUGUUGAUUGGAUCUGUAAAGAUGGGGAAUGCCUUGACAUUGCAUCAGGGAGGAACUGAAAAUGGCCCCAUCGCUUUGACAAAGAUGGUCACAGUCUCUCUCUACUCUGUGUGUCGUGUCCGUGCAAUGUAGAUAUUUAGAGUAAUUUUUAAUUCAACACAGGUUAUUAUUGGGAAAACACUUGUGAAAUACAUGUAUAAUUGUCUUCAGCAUUUGCAGCAUUUUUUUGAAAUGUUUUGAGAACAAUAUCUAUCUUUGCAAAUUUGGUAAAGUGUGUUUGUCUCUGACACAUCCAUUUUUUAUUGAAGUUUUUCUGUGUAUAUUAUGUGUAGAGCCAGCGGUUAAAAAAAUCAGAUUUAAGCAGCUUCCGCACAAGAAAGAAAUGUACAAAGUACACUGCAGGUCAUUUUUUUAUCGCAAACUUGAAGGUUUCCUUUAUGACUUUUUUCUGAGUAAAUGUAACUUGGUGUAAGUUUUGUGCACCUGUUAUUGAGAAGUUUAGAAGAGGAAUGUGAAUUAUUCUUUUCCAGUUGGCUGUGUCACAACCUUAGUCUUCUCGUGUGUUACCGAUUUUAACGUGAUGUUAAAAUAAAGUACAUUUUGAUCUUGAAUUUAAUUGUUACAAAAUAUUUCAGGAUUUGAUCCUACAAUUCCUGAAGAAAUGGUGUCAUGUUAAAUUUCACCUGAUAAACCACUAUGCUUCAGACGGAUAUAUGCGUGUCUGUUUAUUAAAAGUACAUGAAUUUAAAAAAUUUUGAAUUUACCUAGUCUUACCAUAUAAUAAAUGCUGUCUGCGAUACGUGAGUAA